CUGCAGAAUGGCCAGUAUGUUAACACGCCUCCUCCAUCCUCUCCCUCUAACCUCCCCUCUCUGUCUCUCCCUCUCCUCCUCUCUCCCUCCAUGACACCUCUCCUGUACCGGAGGGCUCAGGAUUCGCUGCCACGUCAGGUUUGGGUUGAUCAUUGAGGGAAGGCGGAGCUGGAACAGACGUGGAGGACGGCGAGAUGAUUUCAAUCUGUGAACGGGAGCCCGGCGCUGCCUGAAGUUUCUCCCAGUCAGUUUCAUCCCGGCUGCUCCCCACGCUCCACCUGCAAUGAUCACGCCCGUCUAUUUCCUGCUGUUGCUGUCCUCGGCUUCUGCCGCUUUCACUCGAUUCAUCUUCGAACUGGCCGACCAAGAUGUCCAAUGUUUCUUCGAGCAGGUCGAGAACGGCACCGAGUUCACCUUCUUUUUCCAGGUGAUUGCAGGGGGUCACUAUGAUGUGGAUAGCUUCAUUGAAGACCCCACUGGGAACAUGACCUACAGAAAGCACAAGAUAAGCCAUGAAUCUUACAAUGCCAAAGCCAUGAUGUCUGGGGUCUACAAGUUCUGCUUUGGCAACAGAUUCUCCACCUUCACCCACAAGAAGAUCUACUUCCAACUGAAGAUUGGCGAUUUUAUUCCAGCUGUCCCCAAUAACUCCACCACUGCUGCUGCUCUUACCCAGCUGGAGUAUUCCUGCAUCAAGGUGCACAGUUCUCUGGUAAGGUUAGAAGACUUGCACAAAAAUUACCAUGUACAGUUGCUGGUCGACUGGCUACACGCAGACAGUGUCAACGCCAGUAUCAUGUACUGGGCGACGGCCGAGACCAUCAUCCUUUUCGUGGUUACGAUCGGACAGGUGGUAGUCCUGAAGAAGUUCUUCACGGAGAAAAAGGCCAAUGUGAAUAUGCCCGGCAUCAGCACCUAGCACCAAGCAUCACCUCUUGCCCGGACCAUGUUACAGCAAAGUGGUUAUGAUGUUAUGAUGUACGGUGACAAAAGGGAGAUAAACUAGGUCAAGCCAGUCCGGUUAACUAAACAUUACAAAGGGAAUAGUAUCUGUUUCUGUGUAUCAUUGUCAAUUACUUGUAAUGUAUUUUUACAUCUGCAAGUCUUCUCAACAACUAUUGAUGACUCAAAUGCUGGAGCAACUCCGCAGGUCAGGCAGCAUCUCUGAAGGCGAUUGUUGACCUGAAACGUCACCCAUUCCUUCUCUCCAGAGAUGCUGCCUGUCCCGCUGAGUUACUCCAGCAUUUUGUGUCUAACUCUGGAGAACAUGGAUAGAUGACGUUUCGGGUUGAGACCCUUCCUCAGACGGCCUGCACCAUCACCAAUCUGAUGCUGAGAUUCUGCCUGACCUGCUGAGUUCCUUUCUGUCCCCUUGUGUAUUAAUCAGCAUCUGCAGUUCCUUGUUUCUAUGUUUUUUUAACUACUGUAUUGCAACUGUGUAUCACUCUGCAAAGCCUCUCACUGUACUAAUCAAUUGCUCAGAUAUGUUAUUGUCACAUCUGCCAAGGUUUGUGAAAAGCUUUGUCUUGUAUAUGAUCAAACUGAUCAAAUAUUCCAUGCAAUGUGUUCAAACUCAAGUACAACAGAUAGAGCAAAAGGGAAGAUCGACAGUGCAGAGUUCAACGUUUCAAUGAUACCUUAUUGUCACAUGUACCUAGGUACAGUCAACAAAAAGUUUGCAUACAAUUCAAUAAUAACCAGACACAUUAUACUGAAGUACAAAAGAGUUAGAAAAGCAGAUUACACUGAGAGUAGACAAGAGUCGCCGUUGGUGGCAUUUUGUAUUAUUAAA